GGUCACGAACCAGAUUUUACAAGUGAAAUCACUCUGUAUUUACCGGCAAACGUCUAUCUGUGAAAAAGGGCCGUGUUUCUGUUGUACGACUCUGUUAGCGUGUGAUUUUGUUUAACGAACGCUAUAUUUAAACGUUUACUUUAGACGAGGAACAACGCGGUUUCUAGCAAAAGAGGAAGCAAUAGCCAACCAUCUUUUUUCUACCAGCAAAAACAAGAAAGGGACAAGGCUAGGAUCAAGUGUAGUACUGUGGUAGUUUGUAGUUUAUUGUCUGUUUUAUACCUGGAUACAGCACUUUGCGGAGACGCAACUACGUGUACAAACACUCGGGGACAUUUAGUUCCUUCUGGACAUACCUGGAAGUUUGGGAUUAAGAAGACUGGCUGUAAAGAUUUAGUAUUCCCGUUUUUUCAUGUUUCCAACAGGUUUAUCUUCCCCUAAUCCCCCACCACCGCCAACCCAGGAGGCAAGACCAGAGACUACUGAUGUCAAAAACGACAGUGGAAACAUUACAUCUCCGAAAAAGAGGAAAAUAAACUGCUCCGAGAGGGAAGACAGUGCCGACACGAUCUCCCAUUCGCCCCCCAAACCGACCUCCUGCUCUCCCACCCCGCUGCACAUUCAGAAGAAGUUACGCUUUGAGGAUUCGCUUGAUUUCAUUGGACUGGAUGCUAAAAUGGCUGAGGAAUCUGCUGCUGCUUCGUGCUCAAACAAUAAAAGCAAAGUGUUUCUGCCCGGUGGCGUGGGGCAUCAUGCAAACGGACUGACAAAAGGGGCAGGCUCCACCACCUUCUCGAGCAGUAAACCUGGAGCUGCUAAGAAACUAGUCAUCAAGAACUUUAAAGAAAAGCCCAAGUUGCCAGAGAACUACACUCAGGAAACAUGGCAGAAACUGAAAGAGGCAGUAGAAGCCAUACAGAACAGCACUUCAAUCAAGUACAAUCUAGAGGAACUUUAUCAGGCUGUGGAAAAUCUGUGCUCUCACAAGAUUUCUGCCAAACUGUAUAAGCAGCUAAGAGCGGUGUGUGAAGACCACAUUAAGGCACAAAUUGAUCAGUUCAGAGAGGAUGCCUUGGAUAGUGUGCUUUUUCUCAAGAAAAUUGAUAAAUGUUGGCAAGAUCAUUGCAGGCAAAUGAUAAUGAUUAGGAGUAUAUUUUUGUUUUUGGACCGUACUUAUGUUUUACAAAACUCUAUGUUGCCAUCAAUCUGGGAUAUGGGCCUGGAGCUAUUCAGGUUUUACAUCAUCAGUGACGCGAAAGUCCAAAGUAAAACCAUAGAUGGGAUUUUGCUUCUCAUUGAAAGGGAGCGUAGUGGUGAAGCCAUUGAUCGCAGCCUUCUCAGGAGCCUGUUGAGCAUGCUCUCUGACCUUCAG